UUCAAGUCUCGGAACUACCUACCAUGGCUUCUUUCCUGCGCUCCUGUUUCCUUCUGGUGGUCUUCAUCUUCGGUCUAACCGCGGCUAGCAUUACCGCUCAAGCAGAGCCGCGGGACAGACGGCGGCUUCAGGCGACCCCGGCAGCCACAGCGGGCCCAAAAUGCGUGAACGCUUUUCCCCGUCGCCCGCUGUGCAAGUUCGUCAACAACCUUGCGACGCGCGUUAUCGAGACGCUCGAUGGCACCAAGCCACUCACCAUCGGCGCGUAUCAGAUAUACCAGAAAUUCCACCGCGACCUGCCGCCCACGAAGCAGUACGCGUACGGCACGAGCGCCCAGAAGGCGUCGUACCCAGGCCCGACGAUCGUGGGCCGCGUGGGCAUCGACACGACGGUGACGUGGGAGAACAAACUGACGGACAACAUGCACAUGUUCAAGGUCGACCCGACCAUCAUGAUGGGCUACAAGAUGCCGUCCAAGGGCGUCCCCAUCGUCGUUCACCGCCACGGCGGCAGCCAGCAGAGCUUCUACGACGGCCACCCGCUCGCGUGGUUCACGCAGUACGGCGAGAAGGGCCCCACCUACACCACUAACGUGUACAAAUACGUCAACGACGAGGCGUCGACCAUCUGGUACCACGACCACGUGGGCGGCAUGACGCGUCUGAACGUUGUCGCGGGCCUCGCGGGCCUUUUCAUCGUGACCGAUCCGAAAGUGGAGGCGAAAUUCGCGUCGUGGAUGCCGCCUGCCAGCCGCACGGUCCCGCUCGCGAUCGCCGAUCGGCUGUUUUUUGCGGACGGGUCGAUCAACUAUCCUACUGUGGGAAUUGUGCCUAGUGUUCAUCCCAACUGGGUGCCCGAGUACCUUGGCGACACGAAUAUCGUGAACGGCCUGGUGUGGCCUUUCUUGAAGGUUCGCCCCGCGAUGUACCGGUUCAAGCUGCUCGGCGCAUCCAACGCGCGCUUGUACGACCUCCGCUUCGUGUGCGCGCAGCGUGCUGAUUACCCCAACUUCACGCCCCCGCUCAAGGGCUCCGUCCUCGAUAUUAUCCAGAUCGGUAGCGAUGGUGGGUAUUUAGCGAAACCCGUCUACUCCAAAUCUCUCCUCCUCAUCCCUGGCGCGCGUCACGACGUUCUGGUGGACUUUUCCAACCUGCCCGCGAACUGCCGGGAUGUGAUUCUGACCAAUAGCGCUCCCGCACCGUACCCCGCUGGCGUGGCCCCCGACGCCAACAUUGGUUUGGUCAUGCGCUUCGUCCUGACCAAUCGCAAGCGCUUCCCGGCUCCCGCAAUCCCCAACCAGAUCUCGUACAUCCCUCCUCUGGACUACAAGACGGUGGCCAACGUGCGAUGGCACCGCCUGAUGGAGGAGAUGGAUCCCAAGACCAACCUCCCCAUCCGCGUCACCAUCGAUGGCCUGGGCUUUGGCGACCCCACCAAGGACUUCCCCAAGGAGAACUCCAACGAGAUUUGGAACUUCAUCAACCUGUCAGUUGAUGCCCACCCCAUCCACCUUCACCUCAUCGACCACCGCCCCAUCUCGCGCCGCCCGUUUGACGUCAUGGCGUACAACGCAGGCCGGUGCACCUUCACCGGCAAGAAGACCAAGCCCUCGUGCUUCACUGGGCCAAGGAUCUGGGUGGAUCCCAGCGAGAAGGGGUGGAAGGACACCACUCUGGCGUAUCCUGGGCAGGUGCUGACGAUCUGGACUGGGUGGCACGAUAACAAUGGGCUGUCGUUUAAGUUUGAUUCGACAGUCGGGCCGGGGUAUGUGUACCACUGCCACAUGCUGGAGCAUGAGGAUAAUGACAUGAUGCGGCCGUACAAGCUGGUGAAGUGAUGGUGAUGGCACAUGACACAUGAUGUGACUGUACAAGCUGGUGAAGAAGUAGGCUGGUAUAUGAGGGCAGUACUGGUAUGAGGCUGUCAGGGUUGGGACAGGUCUAGUUAUGGGGUGUUAUUGUUAAUUUGGUGGUUGCUAUUAGAGCAAUUUCGACCUUCUAGGUGGUCAAGGAAUACGUAGACGGAUGUAAUUGGGGUAGUGUAAUGGUCAACUGCUUAAGUUCGAUUGCAAUGUGUAGGAUGUACCAAAUCCCAACUGAAAUUAUUAUGAAGGACAAU